AUGGGUCGGGCAAAGUGCUACGCAAUCGCAUUGGUUCUGCUGUGCUUGUUGCUGGUGGUAAAAUCAAGUGUAACGCAAACUUGUGGCAAACGAAAGGUGGUAAAUCAACUUAUUGUGAACGGUACCGAAGCAAAGGAUGGCCAUUGGCCGUGGCAUGUGGCCAUUUUUCACAACAAUGCUCGAACAUUCGUUUAUGCGUGUGGAGGAACAAUCGUGGACCAGAAUACAAUUCUAACGGCGGCUCACUGUUUGAUGACGUCGAAUGGGAUCAUUGCAAGAGAGCGCCUCGUAGUGCAAGUUGGCCGAAAUCGACUACGCGUUGCUAGCAACCGUGUACAAGAACACGAAGCGUUAGUGUUGAUCGUACAUCCGGAAUACAUCGUCAACCGUAUUCAACACGAUAUCGCUCUGAUAAAGCUCGCUGCCGACAUCACCUACACCGACUACAUCCAACCGAUUUGCUUGUGGAAUAGAGGCAAUAAUCUGAACUUGAUCGUGGGCUCUUGGGGAACGGUGAUCGGAUUCGGUAGAGAUGAAACCGAUGAAACUUCUGACACACUGCGUGAAGCAAGUAUUCCCGUCGUUAGUCAUAUCACUUGUAUCGAAAGCAAUCGGAAAGCGUUUGAUUCACUGCUAACCUCGAAUAUGUUCUGCGCUGGCAAUCGUGAUGGGGUCGUGCCUGCUGACAAUCGUGCCUGUAACGGCGACAGCGGAGGAGGUUUGUUCUUCAACUACAACGAUGUUUGGUUCGUUCGUGGAGUGGUGUCUUUUACAAAACCUCGUCAAAAUACGCUUUUUUGUGACACGAAGGAAUACACCGUGUUUACGGAUGUGGCAAAGUAUUUGAGAUGGAUCGGGCAACACAUUCAUGGAAUUGGUGGUCAACCGGUGGCUGUAGAAGAUAGUAACAAUCGUAAAAUUGGGUUGCUACCGAUGUCCACCUGUGGUGCCAAUCGGUAUGCUAGCAGAAAUGAAUCAACCAAGCCGAUUAUGCUCGGAUACCCGUGGAUGGGUCUAAUAGAGUGUACUAAGAAAGUAACCUUCGAUGAGUCUAUAUUGUGUCAAGCGGCAUUAAUUAGCGACAUGUAUCUAGUCGGAUUAGCUCAAUGCGCUAAAAGAAUACCGAAAUGCUUCAUAUCAACCGUACGGUUGGGAGACUACGACAUAAACAAAUCCAAGGAUUGCGCACAGGUGGAUGGACAAGAGGUAUGUUCGCCUCCGGUUCAAACAUUACGCAUUCAGUCUGUAAUUGCGCACCCAGAAUACAACCAACCACGUUACGCGAACGAUAUUGCGAUUAUUCGACUGCGCGACCGAGCGGAUACUACUUGGAUCAAUGUGAAGCCAAUCUGUCUCCCAGUGACCCACGAACUGCGCAGUCAAAAGUCAACCCAUUACAUUCAUACUUCGUGGCCAUUGCUGGAGUUCUGGAGAACUGAUACAAGUGUAAACUUGCUCGAAAGGUCGAUAGGCGAGUUUAUCGAUUCAAUCGAAUGCCAAAACAUGAUACGUGCGGCAAAUAUCACAAUAAUGGCAACGUCACGGCAGAUAUGCAUCAAGCAGCAAAAUCUUCGGAGCGAAUCAGAAGAGUGCAAGAAAGCUUUUGCAGGGACUCCACUACAGCUUGUGCAGCAAGUGGACGGAGAGAGCCGCUAUGUGUUGUAUGGAAUGUUAUCAUUCGGACCGGCAAGCUGCACCCACCUUCUGCCGGAUGUGUACACCAGCGUGCCCAGUUAUAUGGACUGGAUUCUAGAAAACAUACAAGAGUAG